AGAAGACAGGAGACCUCUGAAAGAGCGGCGAGACUUUGGAGACCAGACACGCCUGGAGAGAACUCGGGCUCGGGGCACGCGAGAAUUUUCUUGCACUCUCAAGGGGCGCGCUUGGGGUUCUUGCCAUGGCCGGCAUUCGGAGCCGUGAUCCUUGGGGUGGCCCUGGGAUUGGCUACUUUCUUAGUUCCCUGCUUAUCGGACUGCUUUUCCCACGGGCUGUCGCCUUCAAUCUGGACGUGAUGGGCGCUCUGCAAGGAAGCCUCUUCGUCUUCUCUGUGGCCUUGCACCGGCAGUUGCAGCCCCGACCCCAGAGCUGGCUGCUGGUGGGAGCUCCCCAGGCACCGGCCCUUCCUGAACAGCAGGCGAAUCGCACUGGAGGCCUCUUCGCAUGCCCCCUGAGCCUGGAGGAGACUGACUGUUACAGACUGGACAUCGACCGGGGAGUUAAUCUGCAAAAGGAGAGCAAGGAGAACCAGUGGUUGGGAGUCAGUGUUCGGAGCCAGGGGCCUGGGGGCAAGAUUGUCACCUGCGCACACAGAUACGAGGCGAGGCAGCGAGUAGACCAGAUCCUGGAGACGCGGGACGUGAUUGGUCGCUGCUUCAUGCUAAGCCAGGACCUUUCCAUCCGCGAUGAGUUGGAUGGUGGGGAGUGGAAGUUCUGCGAGGGGCGCCCCCAGGGCCAUGAACAAUUUGGGUUCUGCCAGCAGGGCACAGCUGUGGCCUUCUCUCCAGACAGCCACUACCUUCUCUUUGGGGCCCCAGGAACCUAUAACUGGAAGGGCACGGCCAGGGUGGAGCUCUGUGUGCAGGGCUCGGCGGACCUGGCACACCUGGACGACGGGCCGUACGAGGCGGGGGGUGAGAAGGAGCAGGACCCCCGCCUCAUCCCGGUCCCUGCCAACAGCUAUUUUGGGUUGCUUUUUGUGACCAGCAUUGAUAGCUCAGACCCUGACCAGCUGGUGUAUAAAACUUUGGACCCUGCUGACCGGCUCCCAGGACCAGCCGGAGACUUGGCCCUGAAUAGCUACUUAGGUUUCUCCAUGGACUCAGGGAAGGGUCUGGUGCGUGCAGAGGAGCUGAGCUUUGUGGCAGGGGCCCCCCGUGCCAACCACAAGGGUGCUGUGGUCAUUCUGCGCAAGGACAGUGCCAGUCGCCUGGUGCCUGAAGUCAUGCUGUCUGGGGAGCGCCUGACCUCCGGCUUUGGCUACUCGUUGGCCGUAGCUGACCUCAAUAAUGAUGGUUGGCCAGACCUGAUAGUGGGUGCCCCCUACUUCUUUGAGCGCCAAGAAGAGUUGGGGGGUGCUGUGUAUGUGUACAUGAACGAGGGGGGCCAUUGGGAUGGGGUCUCCCCUCUCCGGCUCUGUGGCUCCCCCGACUCCAUGUUUGGGAUCAGCCUGGCUGUCCUAGGGGACCUCAACCAAGAUGGCUUUCCAGACUUCGCAGUGGGCGCGCCCUUUGACGGGGAUGGGAAAGUCUUUAUCUACCAUGGGAGCAGCCUGGGGGUUGUCAUCAAACCUUCACAGGUGCUGGAGGGCGAGGCUGUGGGCAUCAGGAGCUUUGGCUACUCCCUAUCGGGUGGCCUGGAUGUGGAUGGAAACCACUAUCCUGACCUGCUGGUGGGCUCCCUGGCUGACACUGCUGUGCUCUUCAGGGCCAGACCUGUCCUCCAUGUGUCCCAUGAGGUCUUCAUUGCUCCUCGAACCAUUGACCUUGAACAGCCCAACUGUGCUGGUGGUCACUCGGUCUGUGUGGACCUAAGGAUCUGUUUUAGCUACAUUGCAACCCCCAGCAGCUAUAGCCCUAUCGUAGCUCUGGAUUAUGUAUUGGACGGGGACACAGACCGGAGGCUCCGGGGCCAGGUCCCCCGUGUCAUCUUCCUGAGCCGUAGCCUGGAUGACCCCAAGCACCAGGCCUCUGGCACGGUGUGGUUGAAGCGUCAACAUGACCGAGUCUGUGGAGACACCAUGUUCCAGCUACAGGAGAAUGUUAAAGACAAGCUUCGGCCCAUUGUGGUGACCUUGUCCUACAGUCUCCAGACCCCUCGUCUUCGGCGACAAGUUCCUGGCCAGGGGCUUCUCCCUGUGGCCCCCAUUCUCAAUGCCCACCAGCCCAGCACCCAACGGGCAGAGAUCCACUUCCUGAAGCAAGGCUGUGGUGAGGACAAGAUUUGCCAGAGCAAUCUACAGCUGGUCCAUGCCCGCUUUUGUGCCCGCCUUAGCGACACAGAGUUCCAGCCUCUGCCCAUGGACAAAGAUGGGACGACAGCCUUGUUUGCACUAAGUGGGCAGCCAGUCAUCGGCCUGGAGCUGACGGUCACCAACCUGCCCUCAAACCCAGCCCAGCCCCAGGCUGAUGGGGAUGAUGCCCACGAAGCCCAGCUCCUGGUCUCCCUUCCUGCCUCGCUGCACUACUCAGGAGUCCGGGCCCUGGAUUCUGUGGAGAAGCCGCUCUGCCUGUCCAAUGAGAAUGCGUCCCAUGUUGAGUGCGAGCUGGGGAACCCCAUGAAGAGAGGUGCCCAGGUCACUUUCUACCUCAUCCUUAGCACCUCGGGGAUUACUAUUGAGACCACGGAGCUGGAGGUGCACCUGCUGUUGGCCACGAUCAGUGAACAGGAGCUGCAUCCGGUCUCUGCUCGAGCCCGUGUCAUCAUUGAGCUGCCACUGUCCGUUGUAGGGGUGGCCAUCCCCCAGCAGCUCUUCUUCUCUGGCGUGGUGAGGGGUGAGAGCGCCAUGCGGUCCGAGCGGGAUGUGGGCAGCAAGGUCAAGUACGAGGUCACAGUUUCCAACCAAGGCCAGUCACUCAACACCCUUGGUUCUGCCUUCCUCAACAUCAUGUGGCCCCAUGAGAUUGCCAAUGGGAAGUGGCUGUUGUACCCUAUGCGUGUAGAGUUGGAGGGCGGGCAAGCGCCCGGGCAGAAAGGGGUCUGUUCCCCCAGGCCCAACAUCCUCCACCUGGAUGUGGACAGCAAGGAUCGCAGGCGGCGGGAGCUGGGGCAGCCGGAACCACUAGAGCCUCGUGAGCAUCUGGAGCCCAGCACAUCCUGGUGGCCUGUGUCCUCUGCAGAGAAGAAAAAAAACAUUACCCUGGACUGUGCCCGGGGCACGGCCAACUGUGUGGUGUUCAGCUGCCCGCUCUAUAGCUUUGACCGUGUGGCUGUGCUGCACGUCUGGGGCCGCCUCUGGAAUAGCACCUUUUUGGAGGAGUACACAGCUGUGAAGUCCCUGGAAGUGAUUGUCCGAGCCAACGUCACAGUGAAGUCCUCCAUCAAGAACUUGCUGCUCAGAGAUGCUUCCACAGUGAUCCCAGUGAUGGUAUACUUGGACCCCAUUGCUGUGGUGGCAGGAGGAGUCCCCUGGUGGGUCAUCUUCCUGGCUGUGCUGGCUGGGCUGCUGGUGCUGGCACUGCUGGUGCUGCUCCUGUGGAAGAUGGGAUUCUUCAAGCGGGCGAAGCGGCCUGAGGCCACCGUGCCCCAGUACCAUGCGGUGAAGAUCCCUCGGGAAGACCGUCAGCAGUUCAAGGAAGAGAAGACAGGCACCAUCCUGAGGAACAAUUGGGGCACCCCCCGGCGAGAAGGCCCCGAUACACACCCUAUCCUGGCUGCCGAUGGGAACCCUGAGCUGGGCCCCGAAAGGCAUCCUGUCCCAGCCACUGCCUAGCUUCUUCACUCCCAGCCUGCCCAUGGGUCUCCUCCACCCCUUCCCCAAGAUGGAUCCUCGGCAUGAAGAGGGCAGAGUGAGUUGCUGGUGUCACAUCAAGAUUUGCCAGGAUCUGCUUCCUCAGGGGCAAGGAUCUCCCCCACCCAUGAGAAUCACCCAGCCCCCCACCCAAACUUCUCUUUAGAAUGCUGUGAGACGAAAGGGGACAAAUCAGGGAUGGGGCUGUGGGGUGGGGUGAGAAGGGCAGGGAUGUCCUGGUGCAAAGGUGGGAGAAGGGAUCCUAACCCCUCCCUCCCCAUUCACCCUGCAUAGCAGAGCCCCAAGGACCUGUCUCCCGAAAGUGCCUUACCCUAGGGGGUCAGGGAGGAGGUUGUGUCGCUGACUCAGGGGCUCCUCCCACCCUAGUUUCCCUUCUCUGAC